AUGAGUGUACAAGAUGAUCAGAAAAAACAGAAUAAUGAAAAAAUUGCUGCCAAUUCGAGUUCUAGGGAAGAAAAUGAGGGUGAAUCAGAAAACACAGGUACAGCUACUGAUACUAAUUCUUCUUCUAAUGCUUUAUUGGAGAUAUCAUAUCCUAUAAAUAAUGUCCAACACAAUAACAACGUCAUAUCCAAGCUUAAAAAGGAGAAUAAAAAGCCAAACCUGAAACAACUUGCCAGAAAGUCUGUGAUAGGUUUCAAACGGAGGAGUGGAGGUAAUGGUACUGAAGAAAUUUCAAAAAAAAUUUGUCCCAAGAAUAUCGAGCCACUUUCAUGGAAGAAAAGGCUAGAAAUAUGCAUUGGAGCAGCGCGUGGGCUACACUACCUUCACACAGGAGCCAAGCGCCCUAUCUUUCACUGUGAUAUCAAACCUCAAAAUAUUCUUUUGGAUAACAACAUGGUACCAAAACUCUCACAUCUUGGAUUUUCCUUACAAGGUCCACUAUUAAGGUCAAAGGCAAAGCCUAUAAAAGUGGACAUGAUGAUCGGUACACCUGGUUUCAUGGCACCUGAGUAUGUCCUAACCAAAACCUUCACAGAUAAAUGUGAUGUUUAUUCCUUUGGGAUAGUUUUAAUGGUAGUUUUAUCCACUAGCUACAAGCAGAGCUUCUUUGAGAAGAUGUACAUGAUGGCCGACUCAGAUUUGUUUUUAGAAGAGCCAUUGUAUUUAAUGACUCCAUAUGUGGAUAUACCUAGCUUUUUGGAGAGGAUUUCGGUUGAUGAGAUUAUUGAUCCAGUGUUAUUGGGAAAGAUUGCACCAGAAUGUUUGGGAGUAUUCAUAGAUAUCACAAAAAGAUGCUUAAGUAAAGAUGCAAACGAAAGACCAGAUAUGGGUGAAGUACAAGUUGAACUUGAGCAAGCACUAGCACUACAAGAGGAUGAAGAUGCAUGCCCGGAACCAUGAUGCAGAUGUCUAGUCUUUUCAUGGAGACUACAAAAAAAUGAUGAUGUUUUUGUUCUCAUUCUCAUACACAUUCAGCUUUGGAAAGCCUCUAGUUACAUC